UGUUUUAUAAGAGGACGUUAAAAAAGCAGCGUGUGUGGAUAUACAUCUUUCCACGCUGAGAUUUAAACUUCGCCGCGUGAGGCGUAGGAACUUCUUUAUCCCUUGCGCAGAUGUGGACGCAUUGAGGAAGCUGUACUUUUUCCUUUUUAAAGAAUAUAAUUUUACUAUUUAUUUCCAGAGUGGUUCAGACUUCUUUAAAUGAUGACACAGAUGUGAUCAGAGCAAACUGGUGCUGGACUAUCAACGGUAUUUCCACAACAAAGUAAUGAAUUCCAGGACAUAACUCUCUCUCGCUCGGUAGGGCACAGCAUGCCAGGCUGAUACCAGCUCCUCGCUCUGAACUCUCCAAGGCUUUCAACGUCGUCACAAUAAACCUAAGAUUACCAGUUCCCUGCCUCAACUUUUGGAAGAGCUCUUUUGAAAUCUACUUCAAAAGGUUCUGAAUUCAAGGAAAUCUAAUUUGAAGACUUUUCUCAUGAUAAACCCUUACGUUGCCGUGCAUGAACUGAUGAUUUGGGCAUUUUUUAAAGCUAAUGAAGCUGGACUCAUCACUAUUUAAUGCCAACAGACAGGCGGAACAAUGAUUAAUUAUACCUGACGCGAUUUGGGGACGCACUGCUGAUUAUGCAGAAGGUAGCCAGGCUUGAUAUGCCCAGGAAAUCCUCUAUCUUUGAUGGCUUUGCCGUGAUAUGGUGCGUGGUUUUUGGAUUAUUCAUCGUAAUUGCACCAGUGAUGGCUUGUCCCACGACUUGUCACUGCAUGGAGAAGAGUGGAAAGACCGUGGUCCAAUGCAUUUCCCGCAACUUGGACAUCAUACCACCCGAUCUUCCAAGUGAUACUGUCAUCCUGCUUUUGGCGUCCAACCACAUCACCCACAUCCCCAACCAAGCCUUCAAGGAACUGCACUACCUGCAGGAGCUGGACCUGUCAAACAAUGACAUUGACACAGUGGACCUCGGAGCCUUCCAAGGUGUUUCUGACACUCUCCUUUUUCUGGAUCUAUCGAACAAUCGUAUCCAAAGUGUCCCCAAAGAGGCAUUUGAGCGACUUCGGGCAAAAAUCAGCCUCUCGAACAACCCGUGGCACUGCGAGUGCAUGCUGCAGGAGGUGCUGAGGGAGCUACGGUUGGACCCCGAGACGGUGAAUGAGGUGAUGUGCCACACGGCGGUGCAGGAGGAAUACGCUGGCAAACCAGUAAUCCAGGUGCUGGACUCAGGGAUCAACUUCUGCAACUUCCACCACAAGACCACCGACGUGGCCAUGUUUAUCACCAUGUUCGGGUGGUUCACCAUGGUGAUCGCGUACGUCAUCUACUAUGUGAGACACAAUCAGGAGGACGCUAGGAGGCACCUGGAGUACCUCAAGUCACUGCCAAGCAAUUCUCAUAUCAGCAAGGACUUUGACACAAUCAGCACUGUCCUCUAGCUGGGCCAUAUGCAGAGCUCGAGUGGUCUGUGAGUGUGUGUGUAAUCAUGUGAAUAAAUAUGUGGUUCUUUAAAUGACUACGAGCUGUUGUAACAUAUAA